GUGAAACUUGGGAACAUGUGCAUUAAUAAUGUGUUCAGUCAAUCAGUAUUGCCUAAACAAAACGUUAUACUGUUGUGCCAACUUGUUGUGCAUCGCAUAGUAAACAUAAAAAAUCUAAAUUGAACAAGUAAGUAUUACUUUACUAUCACAUAUUAUGUUUCUCGUACGACGUACCAGUAUUUUUUUCUAAUGUAAGUUGGUUUACAAUCUAAACACUUGCUUGCAGUGGCUCGUAACGCUGGACCGUCCUCAGUACAAUUGGAGAAAUUGAUUGAAUUCAUGGAAGUGAGAUCAGACCUUGCCACUGGACAUGCCCGUACAGCGAAUGCUAGGACCCGUAUGCAAAAUGGCUGGACCGAAAUAGCUACGGUGUUAAACAGUGUUGGCAACGGGUGCAUAAAAGAGUGGAAGCAGUGGGCUAAGUACUGGAAAGAUAAAAAAGCUGCCACAAAAAGGAAGGCAAAUAUUGCACAGACUGCUAUGCAGAGGACAGGUGGUGGGGUCGAUGUAGACGUGGUGGAGCUGUCAGAUCUGGAGAAAAGAAUUCUGACCAUUUCUGGUGGUCUGAGUUUUGCUACUGGUGAUAGGAAUUUAGCAAUCAAUCCAUUUCAUGUAUGUAUAUAA